CAGCAGUGAAAAUAACACAAAAUAACAGCCAGCCAGCCAGCCAACAAAGCAUUGGAGAACAAAACAUUCAUUGCCGUAUGGACGAACGUACAUACGACGUACACAACAACACUAACACAAUGACACUUUAUACCGUUUUUAUUCCAUACGGAGCAGCAAACGUGCGAACAACGUACGGGUAUUAUGGUAUUGUGUGUGCUGCUGUUUAGUAUUAAAGUGUUACUCAGCAUAUAAGCACACAACGACCGAAGUGUAAGCAUAUUAUUUUGAAAAACAGAAAAACAAUUAUAAUUCUAAAAACAAGCGAGCCCAAUCUACAGCCAAAGCGUGAAAUGCCACAAAGAAUAUUCGUGACAAAAUCGCAGUGAGCUGUAAUGCCAAUAAAAAACGAUUCAACUACAAUAUUUGGCUGAAAUUGACAGAUAACAAAGACAUUUCCAUAUAUCCAACACAAACUGGUGGUGCUGCUGCCGCUGCCGCCGUUGUGCCAUAGGUUCAGAGCAACCAACCAACCGUACGUAGCAACGAUAUUGUACAACUCUGCUUUUUCAUGGUAACAAAGAAAGCUCGCCCAUCAUCACUCGGCGUAAAAUAAGAACGCAAUAAAGGCUAACAUUUAUUUGUUGUUGGAUAUUUUUUAUCGUUUCUGUUGUUGCGCUGCUGAAUGUUUUGCAUCUCCUGGAGAACCCACAAACAUAAUUUCGACUCACUCGCUCACACACAUGCAUCGCUGUAUUUGAAUGCAUAGUCACUAACACAUUAGCGCAAUACCUCGUCCAUAUGCUGUACCGUUUGGCUAGCGUGUGGGGAUAAGAAAACACAACAAUUUCUACCUCUACUUAAGCCUAAGGAGAAUAAAAAAAACACAUUGUCUGCAACUUUUUGUUGUAGUGGUAACAACAACACAGUCGUUUCGCAUCCCACACAUAACAGCAAACACAUCAAGUGGCAUUGGUGACAUUUAAAAUCAUAUCACCGCUCUCCCGUCUCCGUAGCCAGAGUUGUAUACACUAAGGCAAAUGAAAGAGAGCAAAAUGAAACCGACUACAGAACAAACCGUUAAUUCCAGAAGAUCAUCAGGUGCAAAUUCAAAUGCUUCGAAUGGAUCAACAACAACUGCUGCAGGGGCUACCUCUACAGAGUUGCCAACAAAAAAGCCCAAAAGACGCAAUGAACGCAACAUUCUUACCUUCUAUGAGAAAAUUGCCGUGAUACGCUACUAUGAUGAUACGAAUAUCUCGCGGAAUAGUUUGGCCAAAAUGUUCCAUUGCUGUGCCACUCAAAUACGUCGCAUACUUGAACGCAAACAGGAGCUCAUGCAGCAACUGGCAACCCUAAGUGAGGCCGAUGCUUCGAUAAUCAUCGAAGAGAUGACACGAAAACGUCGUAAAUUUGAAAUGAGUGCCAUCAGUUUCAUUUUGCAUCAGUGGGUGGAGAGGUGCCGUCAAAUGCGCCUACGCAAAAGUAUAACCAAUGAAACGUUAAAGGACACUGCCGUGAAAAUGGCGGCCAUUUUAAAUUUGCCUGCGUUUCGACCAUCCUAUAGGUGGCUGAACCGUUUCCGAGGCAAAUACAAGUACAAUGAUGAGGAUCUGGGGGCCGGCAAUGGUGUGGGCACUGUGGCUGGAGAAUUGUCCGUUGAAGACAUUAUUAUCGAGUACAAGGACUCUUUGCCAAGUUUUAUGCAAAAGGAAAUAUCAGCCAUCACCUCAUCCGCAAAUGAUUCGCUUCUGGGACCUCCAAAUGAGUUAAUAAAACCCCGAAUCGAAAUACUGGCAUCCGGAAAAGAUAAUGACAACAACAGCAUAGACGAGUUUGAAAUAUCCGAAGACGAUGAUGAGGAAGACACAAAUGACACCAAAGAAAAGCACAGUGAUGAAGAAGUGAUUGAAAUAAAUACGCCCAAUGCAGACAGUACUGAAACAGGAUCUAAGGUUCAGAAUCCAGACGAUGAGACGUACUUGGCUAAAAAAGCAGACACUUCCAGCCAGGAAUUUUCCAUGAUGACUGCGGGCUCUGCUGCCCUUUUGCACAGCAUAUUCCCCCAUUUAGCUGUCAUCCACCAGUUUGCCUUACUCAAUUCGGAUGUUAAAGCCUUGGAGCUAAUCUCCCAACUGGGGGUCCACAUGCAAACUCAAGCCGCCGAAGGUGCCUACAAGCAAUUGUCGCUGGCGACAUCAACUGCUAAUGGUAUGGAUCCAGCAGACGUAGAUGUCUCUGGAGAUAUCGUCUAUCCCGACAUCGAUGAUAUUGUGUUGAUUGAGUGAAUGAAGCCUUAGCGAAGCAUCACUCUUUGCUUUUAGUACACAUUCCCACAGUAGUAAUACUUAACCACACACACACACACCUUCCCACCACCACAACUUUUCUACUUAAACGUGAUGUAUUUAUUAUAGUUAUAGUAUGUAAGUAAUGAUAAAGCCUUAUUGUAAGAGUUACGCCUUUUUUGUUUUCAUUAUGUUGAUGAAAUGAUUGAAUGAAUAAUUGAUAAGUUCGUAUUUUAACUCAUAAGGAUAUGAAAUGAAUACACGGAGAAUAAAUGUCAUUUUAUUGAAAAUCUUAA